GCCCCAGAAUCGUUUCAUUCCUCCACAGAUUUGUUUGUGUGAAUACGUGGAAACUCGCCACAAUUCACCACUGCACUAAAUUACACUUCGGGAACAGUCUAGCCGGUGUAUGUCCGGUGACAGUGGGACAACUCCCCCGCGGACGUGGACGUGGACGUGGUCAGUCGGCGUGUCCCGACCCAGUUGACGGACAUCUGUGCAAUCCUAUGAUACCUCCGAAUCAUUUCCACUCGUUUUGCCCCCAACGCUGCGCGGCCAACUUGGGACACUUUCACGCCACGAAAACGCCGUGAAGUUGAAGACACUGCCAAAAUGUCCGUGGCAGGCUUGAAGAAGCAGUUUUAUAAAGCGAGUCAGAUGGUGAGUGAGAAAGUUGGCGGCGCUGAAGGAACCAAACUUGAUGACGACUUCAGAGAUCUGGAGCGGAAAGUGGACGUGACCAGUAAGGCUGUCGCAGAAAUGAUCUCCAAAACAUCGGAAUAUCUCCAGCCCAACCCUGCAUCGAGGGCCAAACUAUCCAUGUUGAACACCAUGUCGAAAAUCCGCGGUCAGGUGAAGAACCCCGGCUACCCCCAAGCCGAGGGGCUUCUGGGAGAAUGUAUGACCAAGUAUGGAAGAGAACUGGGAGAGGAGACUAACUUUGGUGGCGCACUCGUGGAAGUCGGGGAAGCCAUGAAGAGAAUGGCGGAAGUCAAAGACUCGCUAGACAUUGACGUCAAACAGAACUUCAUCGACCCAUUGCAAGGCCUCUGCGACAAGGACCUCCGAGAAAUUCAGCACCACCUCAAGAAGCUGGAAGGUCGCCGCCUGGAUUACGACUACAAAAAAAAGCGGCAGGGCAAAAUUCCCGAUGAGGACAUCCGACAGGCCCUGGAGAAGUUUCACGAGUCGAAGGAAGUCGCAGAGACCAGCAUGUAUAACCUGCUGGAGACCGACAUUGAGCAGGUGAGCCAGCUCUCGUCUCUGGUGGAAUCUCAGCUGCAGUAUCACCGGCAAGCAGUCCAGGUCCUGGAGGAGCUGUCUGACAAGCUCGGAGAAAGGAUGACUGAGGCCCAGUCCCGACCAAGACGCGAAUACACACCCAAGCCCAAACCUUUGUUUGACUUCGGAGAAGACAACCACUCCAACGGGGGCUACACCACCUCAAUGGCCCCGCCGCCUUCUCGCAACUCAGCCCCGGAGCAGCCCAGCUGCAAGGCGCUCUACGACUUUGAGCCAGAGAACGAGGGCGAACUGGGCUUCCGGGAGGGCGACAUCAUCACGCUGACCAAUCAGAUUGACGAGAACUGGUAUGAGGGGAUGCUCAACAGCCAGUCUGGAUUUUUCCCCCUCAACUACGUGGAGGUGCUGGUUCCGUUGCCCCACUAAGCCAAGAGUGGGUCGGGCGCGGGGCCUCAGACAGACCCGGCGUGGUCCACACGAGAGCCGCUUCCGCUCGGAGGACUGACUCUUAAAUCCUCCCUUGAGUUCUAGACCGAGACAAAGCAAGCACGCAAAGCUCAGGUUGAUGCAAUACUCCCCCAGUUUCAAAUUUGAGCGCCUCAGUGAUGACACCUGCUGGCCACUCUGACAAUUGCUUUUUAUUUUAUUUUUAAAAUCUGACUGAGGUUUUGAACCACACCGUCGCAGCCUAGCGCUUUCUAGCAACAAAUGAUACCUGUGGAAGGCAGUUGAAGCAUUUAUUCCAUAACCUUGAUCGCCGGUUGCAGGUCCAAGUACUAGUCAGCGCUUUGCCCUCACAAGCAACUAAGUGCACUACAAUACAAUACAAUACAUGCUGAUUUAUAUAGCGCUUUCACAACAGCGGCAGCUGUAACAAAGCGCUUAACAAAACACUAGUAGAACGAUUAUCCAUCCACACAGCAGUGAAAGGAAAACCUUCUUUUCUUACGCUUAUUUCCAUGGGCAACCCAUACUAUGAAAACUGCAGGGGCCCCAAAAUUGAACCCUGUGGAGCAGAGUUGGGACUCUGGUUAACCAAGGCCGAACUCAUGUGCAGAAAUGUUUUUUGGAGUGGUGCGCUUACAGAACUAGUACGACACUUGUCCUACUUUUGUCUUGAAUUGUCUUGCUCAGGAUAAAGGGCGUACUCGUACUUGCACCUUAAGCUGGAAAUCAAGAAUAUGGAAAAAAUGGUCAAAGAGCUACCCAUAGCCACCAGAUAGCCUUCAGUGUUUUGGCUUUUCAAUGGUUUUGUCUACAGUGUUUUCUUACAGCAUCUCAGUGAUGCUAGCAUCACUUGACAAGUACACGUUGCCCCAUUUUGUUUCAGUGUGUGUCCUGACCCCUUAUAGAGCCCCUUUUACACACGCGGUGCCUGAAAGGACGACGCUGCUGGCAGCGUUUGUGUCUUUUUGUCCGUAAUGUGAAAUUCCUGCUUCCCUCUUCCAUUUUUUUUUUUUUUGGAGAGGUGCGGGAGUGGCAAAAGUCUCCCUUGCAGGUAUUUCCAAGCUCUGGAUUUUUAUCUCAACUCUUCCUGUGCUUUUAAUACAAGUGGAAUCACCAAAGUGGAACGGCCCAACAGUGAGACAAGUUUUAAAAUAUUGAACACACUUUUAAAAGUAUUCCUCAGCGUAGCAACUAUUUUUACUCUUACGCAGUCCAGAAAUGGGAGACUAUCCUUUAACAUCACUUUCAGGAAAAGACGAUUCGCUCGCAGUCAUCCAAUGUAGAGGUAAAGUGUGCAUGCUUCAAGCUUUUUGUCUUGGAAGUUUACUGUAAAACUGACACACAAACAAAAGCGAGUGAAACAUUGUCCACUGAAACAACAAAACGUUUUACCGAACCACGUCAUCUAACGAAAGUAAUGAUAACGAUGCGAAAGGAAGAGCUAAGACAUGUUAGCGUUGACAUUAAAUUCAUGGACCUCAUGUACAGCAACCAUUUCCGGUGCAAAGACCAGGCGGCAAAAUUGUUUCACCUGAUGUUUUGUAAUAUUCAACACUUUUUAGAGCCGAUGCUUUACAAGGUUGCAAGAAUUUGAAGUUCCUUCACUCACUCCAACAUAGAUAGGCGCUAGGCCCCAAAAUGGUGCCAUGGCAUGUGUUUUAUAUUAGUCAGGGCUUUAGCAGUGGGUCAAACAGAUUGUGUUCCACCCUGGAGCUUCCACUGAACAAGAAUCCAUUUGUGUACGGUUUGAGGAUUCCAAACUCACUCAAAGGGAAAACGAUCAAGGGAAAAAAAACUUUGAUUCGGAUAUGUUUUUACCAUUUUGUCAGUGUUUGUGUAUUUACCAGAGCGCCACUGUGUUUUGGUCCUUGUCUAAUAUGUUUACAAGUGGUAUCAUAGCACUGUGCAUGGAUUGCUUGCUGUUGAAGGAAAAAAAACAACAACAAAAAAUUGCUUUAGAGUGCCUUUUGGAACAGAAAGGUGGGAAACCAAAAACGAAUGGAGUAGCUACUUUAACUAAGUGGUCCACAAUUUCAAACCCGUGGAACUUUUACAACACUACAGCUGUUUCCCUCACAUACACGGAUAACUUUUUUUUUU